AUGCAGAACGGAGAAGAAACGCCGGCGGCAGGAGAAACUGCUCCAAAACUGCCCGAGGAGAUAACGAAGCAAUCAUUUCGCUUGAAGAUAUGGCGUCACCUGGAAACCAAUGGACUGGCAAUGUUCCCACGUCCAGUCUACAAUCGUAUUCCUAACUUCAAAGGCGCAGCAGAAGCUGCAGCUAAACUCGCGGAACUAGACGUUUUCAAGAAUGCCAAUACUGUUAAGGUCAACCCAGAUAAACCUCAAGAACCUGUGAGGGUUAUCUGCCUAGAAAAGCACAAGACCUUGUACGUGCCUGUGCCGCGUUUACAAAGUGGUUUCUUGAACCGUCUGGUGUUGCCAGAAGGCGAGAGUAGGCCUGGCGCUAUUAGGAAGGCGGUCUCACGCAAUGGCAUGGAGACGUACGGACAGCCCUUGAGUAUCGAAGACGCCGUCUCGCUAGAUCUCGUUGUGAUGGGAUCUGUAGCCGUGUCGAAGGAAGGAUAUCGUAUUGGCAAGGGAAAAGGCUAUGGAGACUUGGAAUUUGGUCUGAUGAUGCACAUGAAAGCGAUCAAACCGGACACUUUGGUGGUAACCACAGUACACGAUUGUCAGGUGUUCGACACUUUGCCGGCAGAGCUAUUUGGACCACACGAUGUGCCCAUUGACAUCAUUGUCACACCAACACAGGUGAUAGAAACCCAGCGCAUGAGCCAGCGGCCGGCGGGCAUACUCUGGCACCUGCUGUCCAACCGCCGCGUGCAGCUCAUGCCGGUGCUCGGACAGCUGCGAGAUAUUGAGAUGCUAGCGGGUCGUGCCUGUACACUGAAGGAGGUGGAUACCGACGUUGAAGAGAGGGGUCUCGGACGCGCUCGCCGGCAGCGCAGGCGCACACGCUCCCAUAAGAGCCAAAGUGAAGGCGAGGGUAACACGACAGAGGGCGAGGAUGGUAAACCUAAAUCGCGUCGUGCGCCGCGCCGCCGCAACAGCAACAAGUCGGUCAGCAAGGACAAGGAGGGCAAAGAGGAUAAGCCCCGCCGGCCGAGACGUCCUAAACCUGUCAUUGAUUUCUCUGUUAAGAUUUCAAACAUCAGUCCCAGCACUCGAGUGAGGGACUUGAAGCAGGCUCUGAGCGAGCGCGGUGUGAAGCCACAGGUUAUGGUGUGGAAGGGAUUCCGCGGAUUCUGUUAUUUACAUUUCUUCAAACCUGGACCACAAAAGGGUGAAGGCGACAUCCCAGCGGCUAGUAUGGAGAGCGUGCUCGCAGCGCUAGCGCAGAUGUCGGUGGGCGGGUCGGGCGCGGGCGACGAGGCGCGCGACGCCAAGCCGCGCCUGCUGCUGGUGGAGCCCGCGCCCCCGCGCGCCGCGCCCACCCCCGCUCCCGCCACACCUACCGACCUCGCGCCCACCGAGGACGCGACUCCGCCCGCGCAAGAGGUGAAC